GAUAAGUGUGCGUGUUUUCGUCAACGCCGGUUUCCACUCGAUCAAUACCAACAAACUUACCUCCAGCAUCAUGACUACCUACUUCAAUUAUCCACCAAAGGAAAUUCAGGAGGAGCUGGCCAAGAUUGCCAAGCAGAUUGUUGCCCCCGGUAAGGGUAUUUUGGCCGCCGACGAGUCCACGGCGACCUGUGGCAAGCGUUUCGCUGAUAUCGGCGUUGAGAACAACGAAGACAACCGUCGCCAGUACCGCCAGCUGCUGUUCACCGCUGACGAGCGCCUGCAGGAACACAUCUCCGGUGUGAUCCUGUUCCACGAAACCCUCUACCAGAAGGGCGACAAUGGCACUCCGUUGGCGGCGCUGCUGAAAAGCAAGGGCAUCCUGGCCGGUAUCAAGGUCGACAAGGGUGUCGUCGAUCUGAUGGGCUCGGAAGGCGAAUGCACUACUCAGGGUCUGGACGAUCUCGCUGCUCGUUGCGCGCAGUACAAGAAGGAUGGUUGCGACUUCGCCAAGUGGCGUUGUGUGCUGAAGAUCGGCAAGAACAUCCCGAGCUACCAGGCCAUCUUGGAGAACGCCAACGUGCUGGCCCGCUACGCUUCCAUCUGCCAGUCGCAGCGUAUCGUCCCAAUUGUUGAGCCAGAGAUCCUCCCCGACGGUGACCACGAUCUGGAGCGUUGCCAGAAGGUCACGGAGACGGUGUUGGCUGCUGUGUACAAGGCACUGAACGACCAUCACGUCUACCUGGAGGGUACGCUCCUGAAGCCGAACAUGGUUACCGCUGGCCAGAGCUGCGCGAAGAAGCCAUCGGCCCAGGAAAUUGCCCUCGCCACCGUGACGGCUCUGCGCCGUACCGUGCCGGCCGCCGUGCCCGGAGUCACCUUCCUGUCCGGUGGUCAGUCCGAGGAGGAAGCUUCCGUGAACCUGAGCGCCAUCAACCAGGUGCCGCUGCUGAGACCGUGGGCCCUGACCUUCUCGUACGGUCGUGCUCUGCAGGCUUCGGUGCUCCGUGCCUGGGGUGGUAAGAAGGAGAACCUCAAGGCCGCUCAGGAGGAGCUCAUCAAGCGUGCAAAGGCAAACGGAUUGGCUGCACAGGCAAAGUAUGUCCCCGGUUCGAUUCCCUCGUACGCCGCUAACGCUAGCUUGUUCGUGAAGUCGCACGCCUACUAGUAACCACCUGCCCAGCCAUUCUCUGGUUCUUCGUGCUCGUCCAGACACGCACACACAUCCAGUGGAUGAUAAACCGAUAGUGUCCCAACUGUAAAGGAGAACCGAAUGGUACCGGCGGAACGAUGUGAAGGACGGAAAGCGGAUAAACACAAACGGAUAAGCUAGUGGAAUGAACGACGACGUAGUAGAUGGAGAGAGAACGAGGGACUCAAUAGCAUGAACCGUGCAGGACACAUUUUGUCGUCUCAUUUUUAAGCGUUGGAUCAUGCUCCGGAACCGCAGGAUCCACUCGAACAACGUUGCGACUUACACAACUAUCGGCAAACCGAUACACACCUAAAUUACCACGCUCACACACAGAGACACAGAGUUGUUGAAUGUCGUUCUUUUGUUUUUAAAUAAUGUUUUAUAACACACACCGUCUUAAAUGUUAGAUUUGAUUACGAUUCUCGCUUGUUAUUUUUAUAAACAAACAAUGUUUUUUUAAUGUUCUCACAAAGUGUUGAAUGUUUCUUUUUUUUGUAAACUUCCCCGACCCUGUUCGAUAGUAUAUAACCCGUACCACAAUAUUGUUCCUAAUCUCUGGCGUCUAUAUAUUAAACCAUCAGUAUGUGCAAUGUUUUUAAUCGGAAGCACACACACCGCUGCUGUCCUGUGGUGGCUUAGGAUUAAACGGAUCAAUUGUAGCAGAAAAAAAUGACACCCAAACAAUUGAUCCGAAACCCUAACGCUGUGCAGUUUGGCCGGGUGUGUGUGCUCAGUACUCAGGAAAAGACAGCCUCCCUUUCUGUGGGGGGCCCAACAUGCUGUGCGUAAGCCUGUGACGAAAACGAAAAGAUGUAUAAAUUGAUCAAAUACGGUAAUUAACAAAACCCGGCACGAAUAAAAUCGAUCCAAACGGGAGAAUGCGCACAGCAGGUAGUCUGAGACCGCAGGAGUCAACCCGCAACAUAAGUCAGCAAAGGAGGGAGCGCGUGUAGCCAUUGGAAAGUAAAAGUGUAUAUGAAAAAUAAAUUCGUUUGCUGAAUGCCUUUCAAAAAAAAACAUUGCACGUUCGAUCGCUACGGCGAGGCAUGUAUU